ACCUCGGGCGACAGCAACAGCAGUUGAGGGGAGAGGUUGUGAAGGGCGGUCUGGCGGGCGCCAGUGGCGCGUCAAGUAAAAAGGACGAUUUAAAAUAAACCAAGCUCCUGCUAGCACUAGGACAUGAGCGGGCCGGUGGUUUCGGAGGUGACGGUCGGGGAUGGACAGCCGCCCGCUGUUGCCCCGGGCUCGGUGGCCGAAGCGCAGGCCGAGCCAUUCCGUGACAGCAGAGGGCGGGCGCCGCUGCGGCCCCUCCGCGGCUGCGCGUGGCAGAACCAGGCGUCCCGGCGCAAGGAGGAGGAGGGAGCGGAGGAGGGCGGCGGCGGAGGAGGAGGAGGAGGCAAGAGGAAGCACCGGAGGAGGCCGUCGAAGAAGAAGCGGCGCUGGAAGCCGUACUUCAAGCUGUCGUGGGAGGAGAAGAAGCAGCUAGACGAGAGGGAGAGCGUGCGGGCGGCCAAGACCCGCGCCGAGAUGUUCGCCAAAGGCUUCACCGUGGCUCCCUACAACACCACCCAGUUCCUGAUGGAGGAACACAACCAGGAGGAGCCCGACCUCAACACCGGCGUCUGCCCCAAGCGCCUCAGCAAGUCGGACGAGACGAGCGAGGAGGAAGAGCUGGACGAGGAGGAUCAGGACAGUGGCAGCGACGGCAUGGGGGGCAACGGCAGCGAGUUCCUGCAGAAGGACUUCUCCGAGACUUACGAGAAGUAUCACGCCGAAACCCUGCAGAACAUGAGCAAGCAGGAACUGAUCCGAGAGUACCUGGAGCUGGAGAAGUGCCUGUCCAGGCUGGAGGACGAGAACAACCGGCUGAGGUGCCGCCUGGAAGGGAAGAAGGUGGCCCGCGGUGGUGAACUGAUUGAAAACAAACUACGGGAACUGGAAGCGGAGAUUGAAAGACUGCGAGCCCAAAAUCUGGAGCUCCAGCAAGAGAACGAACAGUAUAAGCGGAAAAAGACACUGUCAGAAAAUGACUGAAAUCUGUUUAAAAACGAUAUUUUUAGUCUGUACAGAUUCUAGUACUGUUGUAUAUUUCAAACUAAGAAAUUGGCUUAUUUUGAAGUUGGGGUAACCCUCUUUUUUUCCCACUUUUUACAUUUUUAGCAUCUGCCUUUGCAGAGAGUUGGAAAUAACUUUAACUUGUGUUUUAUACAAGUCUUUCCCCAGCCACAUUUUGCCACAUGGUGUAAUUUGAACCAAAACUAGGCAGGUAGAGGAGGUGGUGUAUUCUCUACACUUUUUAAUGAAAUGGGUUUAACUUUGGGGAUGUGAUUGCCUUUUUACCAGUAUGUUGAGUUGCUUUCUGUCAGUUUUAUUGUAAAUGUAAAUUUUCUGAAAUGUUGCCAAAUGUACAAUGCCUAUGGUACACAAUCCUCCAUUCAGAAGACCUAUCUGAGCCAUUACCUUAUGGCUUUUUUAAUGCAUGGGUUUUCAACAACUGUUGUAACCAGAGGGUGAUGAACCCUCUUGUAGGUCAGAAUUUUACUACUCCUGUACUUCAAAUGCAGUUGAUGGUUUUAAUCACUUUUUAGUCUUGGUCUGUACCAUUCAAUUGAUCAGAGGAGCAUUGACUCUAAUCCUGUGUAAAGCACUCUUUUUCUUGUGCAAGCCCUCAAAUGUGUAGCUAUAUUUUUAUUUCACUGAUCCACCUUUACUCAAUCUGUUCCAUUUGUUGUGGGAGUUGUAUGGAAACGGCCUGCUGGUAUAUCAAAAACUUGCAAGUAAUCAGUGUAAUUGUUUCAAAUUUCUGUUAAUUAAAUGUGGUAACAUCUUAACUACUUCCCAAGAAAAAGCUGGGUGACAGUAAUUGAGAUUGAGUUUAAAUUUGUAAAAAACAAACAAAAUGUACCUUUUUCGUGGCACUAAACAAAUUUAAAAUAAUAAAAUUAGUGUCUUUAAAA